AUGGCACGCCGUACCCCAUCCAGCGACGCCGCUUCCAACGUCGUCGACCUGACGUCACCCGACUCGCUUCCGCAGGUGACGACCGCCAUCGCCUCCUUCCUCCAAGGCCACGAAGCUGCGCUCGCGACCGAAGCGCUGGGCUUUGAGCUUGCGCCGUCCGUCAAGGACCUUCUCACGCAGCUGCUGCCGCGCUUUGCAGCCAACCUAGCGGCCAACCCCGCGUUGGACGUCAGCGCCGUCGUUGCGACCAUUAGCGAGGGUCUUGCGCUCACGCCAGAGUUUGCUGCUGUCAAGCGCAAUGACGAGGACGACGAGUACGAGUGCGUGGCUGUGGGCGACGCCAUGUUUGAGCGCAAGCGCCCGCGUGGCAGCUUUGCGACCUUGGCGCACGACUGGGAGAAGGGAUACAAUGCGUGCAAGCACGCGGUCCACGACCUGCGCGACAACGACGCUGCGCGAUCGGCCUUUGUCGCCGACGCGGCCAUCGUCCGCCAACGUCUCGCAAGCGCCGUUGCGAUACCCGACCGUGUGCUGUGCGCGCUUCGCGCAGAGGCUGCCGCGGCGCUACGCGUGGUUGUCGCAAGCAAGGUCAAGGAGGUCGAGCUCGCAGCGGCUCUCGAAUCGCUCUGGCAAGCCAAGCGCGCUGAGCUUCAUGCAUCCCCCAAGGUCGAGGUCGACCUGGCCGUGUACCAUAAUGAGGAAAACGUGGCGGCCGUCGACGCGAUGGCUGCGAUAGCCACAGGCAGCGCUGCGACGGCAGCCGCCACGACGAUCCUCGAUGGCAUCGAGGUCCAAGUCGCCUGCUACGAGGUGGUCGCCGCCGUGCUGCACGAAAUCUGCUGCUUGCGCCACGCGUCGUUGACAGCAACGGCGGCAACGAUGGAGGCGACGUACGCCGACGCGGUUGCCGCCACACGGGCGCAGCUCCAAGUGGAUCUGCCGCGCCUCUGCGCCAGCCUUCUGCGCUUUGACGCGCACGUGGACGCCAAGAUGCACGCGAUCGACGGCUACAAAGCCGACAAGCUGCGCAAACUGGACGAAAUUUGCUUUGAAUUCCCGCCGUUUAGCGACCCAGAGGCGUGCGCGAGACUGCGGAGCAAGAUCAAGGCCAAGACGGCCAUCGCCGAAGACCUCGCUGCGCACCUGGAAGCGGCCGCAACGACGCAGCAGUACCUCUGGGCCAAUGUGAAGGACGUUCUUGGCGCCACCGAGUGCCGUCGCCUCCUCAACACCUGUCGCUCGCACUGGGAGGCCAUGACGCCCGUGCUGCGCGAUGUGUUUGAAAGCAUCGAGUCGAAGGUCAUCGUCGAGGUCCGCAGCGACGCGGUCAAGGCCGAAGCAAGCAAAAUGGAGACGGUCGCGCCACUGGCCAAGCCAUUUUGGAGUUGCUUUUGGUAG